AGCACGUGUUUCCGGGUUAUGUUUUCAAACCUCGGUCACUGCUGUUGGUGUUAGAGUGUUGUGUAAUGUUUGUCGUCUUCAUUUAGCUGUUUUAUAAUGUUCGUCUGGAGAUCUGGCAUUAGUAACACAAGGGGUUUGUUUAACAGUUUCAGCAAUCGAACUUACAAAUCCAGGAUGGGAAACUUUACAAACAGUCCACCGGGUUCCUCCUUUAAUACAGCAUCUGCCAGCUUUGUUCAGGAAGUGGUUUCACAUAACUGCAUUGUGAUAUUCUCCAAAACCACCUGUCCUUCUUGUCGAUUGGCUAAAAACGUGUUUAACGAAAUCGGCACCCCAUAUAAAGUAAUCGAAUUGGAUCAGCAUGAAGAAGGAAAACAGCUUCAGGACACUUUGGGUGAAAUGACCGGAGCGAGGACGGUUCCAAGAGUGUUUGUAAAUGGUACAUGUAUUGGCGGUGGUUCAGAAACAAAAGAACUUCAUAAGAGAGGCAAGCUGUUGCCAUUGAUAGAGCAGUGUGCCCCGUGAUGUGAGGGAAGUGGAAUGGACAACUCAAGUGGGUCUCAGCCUGCCUCCUGUAGCUUCUAAAGGGCCCUGGAAAUAUAAUCUCUUUGGACUGGCAAUGAGCAGAGCUUCUGCAUUAUACAUAUUGGUACAAAUAGGCUGCAUGUGUUUGUACUGUAUUUUUGUUUGUUUUUAAAUUAUCAGACCAACCAGUUUAGUUGAGGAUUUUAGUGAUCAUGUAAGUGAAGAAUUUGGUGACUGUCAUGUUGCUGCAUUCAAACCCAAGAUAAAUCAUGCCUUUGCAGGGUUUCUUGAUUUUCACUACUACUCUGACAUCUGAGACAUCUUUAAAGCAGAGCUUGAAGGCCAUUCCAUAAUCCAUCUACCACUUCUAUUUUAAGGGGCAUAUUAUUCAAGUUGGGGUUCUGUUCCAAUGCACAGCACAGAUGGCUGCACUUCUCCUGGCAGCCCACGUGCAAGUACUUGGAAAUCCCUGUGCAGAAAACAACUUAUUUCAAGAAACUAAUUUCCCCUACUGCCUCUUUUUUAACUUGUAAAUUUUUACUGUAAUUUCAAACUUACAAUUUCAUAAGUAGUAAGUAGCAACUGUUGCUGACAAGAGGUUAUGCAUAAUAAUAAUAAGAGCUGUACCCAUGUCAAAAAUGUUUAGUCACAUAGCAGUAUUUAACAUCUUGUCAUCCAAGAGCCAAUCGGCUGUCAGAACAGGUUGGAGCAGGACCCCUCCUCUAGAACAGCCAAAAACAGAGUUUAAAAAAAAAAGAAAAUUGUAUAAUAAUAAUAAUAAUAAUAAUAAUAAUAAUAGUCAGCGCAGCCUUCCCCCGUGCACGAUACACUAUAUAGGGGCAGGCUGAAGGGCUGGUAGGUGACGUAAUCACAUACAAAGACAUACACUCCUUGCAAAGGAGCCAGCUCUUUUGUACAGCGGUAUCGGCGCUGUGCUUCAGUAAGAGAGGUCCCGAGUUCGCGCCCGCCCUCCGCCUGUGUGUGGAUUGCCUCGCCCUGUGUGAUGUGCCUGCCUGUGGGAACCAGGAUCACUACAAUAUAUAAUGUAUGUCUUGUAUUAGUAUUAUGAUUUCUAUAUUAUGUAUGAUGUCGAAAAGCCCUUAUUGUUUAAAUGUAGGACGGGCAGAAAUGCCAUCCGCCAUUAUGUGGUAUUGUUUUGUGUGCUUGAGAACCUUUCGUGAGAAUGUGUGGCUGAUCAGCUUAACAAUUACUGAAUUAGUUGACAGCCAUGCAGAUUUAUUAAACUUGUGCGCAUGUAGCCAUCUCCAUUUUAAUUUAAUGAUUUGUUGAUUUGGAGGUGGCUGCAUAGAGCACAUCAGCUUUCGCUGGAGGGGGUGUUAGAGGAGACCUGAGAGGAAUACAAUUGCUGUGUGUGCUGCUUACCUGUUUUCCCACCAUCCUCAGGGUAGUUGUAUUCCGCUUGUUAGUGUUUGGUUAUUUUGGCCAUUUUGUUUUGUUUAUUAUUUUAAAAAUGUUAUUUAAUAAAUCUUGAUUGCAGCCAGCGUUUUAUUUGCCCACA